AUGAAGUCAGUUUGUCGUCUGUGCGUGACAGACUUAUUUCUGCAACGUCUAUCUAAAAACUACAAUUUAGUACUAUGCUCGAUAUUCUUCAUACAAAGCUAUAACGAACCGGAACCCUGUCCCGGUGGUCCCAUUUUAGAAGAAGUCGAGGAGGACGACGACGACGAGGACGACGGACGAGAACUUACUACAAGAGGAGGUGGCCAAAAGGCGUGAUCGACGGAGAAGUGUGAAAUGUUUGCUUUCUCUGCGCCCACCACUGCUGGUGCGUCGAACUCUUCGAAAUCACGGAGCGCGAGUAAGUAGGCCUAUCGUCAUUAUAUUCCCGGCAGCGUCUGUUGAGUUGAGAAGGUCGCAAUUUCUGUCUGAGGAUUGCAAGCUGCAGCCCUUUGCUGAGCGUAGUCUGAUUUUCAAAGUAGACCACCCCGGUCUCUUUGCCCGCGUCGCCCCCCAUGAUAUUCUCUCAGUGGACUUCAUGCGAAGCCCGUGUUUGCGCUGUAAUC